AUGGACGUCGAUCAGUUUGAAGACGCGCCAGGAGACUAUUCACUCAGAGAUCCAACAGGAACGCAUACAUACAUUGACGAGGAGAAUGAAAUAGACUCGGAUAGCUUGGAUGACGAUGAUGACGACUGGAGAGAGUGGGCUGCCACAGAGGACCACCGGGUCGACGACGAGGACUGGGAAAUUGCUGAAAAAGACUUUACAAAGCAGUAUAACCGUCUCAAGCAACACCACGCUUUGACUACAGGCGCAUCAACGUCGAAUCUCCCCGUUUUACCCGCGAUCAAUCGGCCAAAACAGCAAAAACAGCCCACCGAGAACAGAGAGGAGCGCAAAAAGAUUAUUGACAAGCGCAUGUCCGACCAGCUCAGUGCUCUAUCCAAAUAUGCAUCACGGAUCAGUCAGAUUGAACAACCGUACGCUCCUCGUGACAAGCAAGACGCAGAUCGAUUCCAGCUGGGUGUGAGCGUCAACCGAAAGGGACCAAGCGCGACUGCCAAUAUGAAGGACAAAUCCGAUCGCGCGACAAGCGAGCUCGUCCUCGAUCCACGAACCCGUCUCAUCUUAUUCAAGAUGAUUGGUCGCGGCCUCGUCAAGGAGAUUAAUGGAUGCGUUAGUACAGGCAAAGAGGCCAAUGUGUACCAUGCUCUUACGCCAGAGAAUACUCAUCUGGCGCUCAAGAUUUACAAGACGUCCAUCCUCGUCUUCAAAGAUCGAGACCGAUACGUGACGGGAGAGUUUAGGUUUAGACGAGGCUACAGCCGCCAUAAUCCACGCAAAAUGGUUCGCUUGUGGGCCGAAAAGGAGAUGCGAAAUUUGAAGCGUCUGCAAACUGCCGGUAUUCUAUGUCCAGAGCCCAUUGAAGUGCGCGAAAACGUCCUCGUUAUGCGCUUCUUGGGUGACGAAGAAGGCUGGGCUUCUCCACGUCUCAAAGAUGCGCCAUCCCUCUCACUGGACACAUACACCUCGCUAUACACCUCACUCCUUCUCACUGUGCGCAAGAUGUAUCAAGAAUGCAAGCUCGUGCACGCCGACUUGAGCGAGUACAAUAUUCUAUAUCAUGCCGAGCAACUCUGGAUCAUCGACGUCUCGCAAUCCGUCGAGCACGAUCAUCCUUCUGCAUUCGAGUUUUUGCGGCUCGAUCUCAAAAAUAUUGCCGCAUGGUUUGGGCAACGUGGUGUCCUCGUCUUGGGGUUGCGGAAAGCAUUCGAGUUUGUCACAGGGGACAUUGGUGCCCAGUCGUCCAACCUAGCAUCAGAGUCGACCGACAACACUGAAAAAGUUGAAGAACAGAGCUGGGAAGAGCUCACUCUCAAAAAGUGGAUCGAGGAAGAACAGUCCAUGGGCGUUGCCACAUCUGCGGUUGCACCCAACGGGGCAGACGAGGACGAGACGACGGCACUCGAAGAAGAAACACGACGGCUCAAUGCGAAUGAAGACCAAGUCUUUUUGCAUACAUUCAUCCCACGCUCCCUUUCCGAGAUGCGCGAUCCGGAAAAAGUGCUCGAGAGGCGUGUAGGCUCGGCGAAUGUGCAGGCCAAGUCGAUGGACCCAAAUCUUGGUUCCCCGAGCCCGAUGCCCGCGGUGGCAAUCGCGCAGCACGCUUCCGAUGGGGACGCGAGCAUAGUUGUGGCAAAGGGUAAUGGUGGAGAUGCGCGUGGCGCGAGUGAUAUUACAAAGGGCUUGGCACACGUCAAAGAUCAAGUCAUCGGUUGUGCGGAAGAGGAGACGUCUGCAAAAGUCGAAAAGGGUAGAGCCGUUCGAUUCCGGGGUGUACCGAAGCGACGGCCGGAGGAGGAAGAUGAGACACCGCCCACCACCGACGAGGACGAGGACGAGGAUGAUGAUGAUGAUGAUGAAGAAGAAGGUGGAGGGUUUGUCGAGAAGAAGCCACGUGGGCAUCGACAUGAGGACCGUGCGGCGAAAAAGGAACGUAAAAAGGCGACCAAGGAGGAACAGCGCGAAAAGCGCAAGUCCAAGAUGCCCAAGGCGGAGAAGAAGAAGCGGAUCAAGAAUAGUCGAGGUGGCGCGGGCUGA